GGACUUUGUUUCCGUUGUUUGUACCAGUGAAUAUGCUGACCAUCGCAUGGGAAGCCUACAUAAAAGCAGCGAAAGGCGCCGCAGGACCACAGUCUUGCUCAGCAUCUCGCAACAAGUCUUCAUAAACCGGCGACCAACACCAGACAAACCUUUCUGGUCUUCCAAGGCUUUUCACCAAUUCCUAGACAUUGUUCCAUCCGGUACUUUAAUCGAAACACCAUGGCCUUCACCACCGUCCACACCGUCCACAUCUGCGGCCACUCGCUUGUCGAGGUGGUCCACGAGAUCGACGAGCAAUCAACGGCGUUCGUUUUCAUAGAUAGCGUCUGCGGAUUGGUGGACGAAUGCAAGCGCACCAGUGGCGAGUACUGGAUUGAGCAGGCUACGGCUGAACCAGUCACAGAGUACGAUACCGAGCACAUGAGGCAUCUGUACUUCACGGCCCUUACUGACACAAAGCAGGCCCUCGCCAAACUCGACUCGAUCAAGUCCGUUUGUCUGGAUGAUGUGGAAGCCACGGCAGGGACGAACGUCGCAAACCUGGUCCUUGCCACAACGGAGCACCGCAACGCAGCCGUGGAUGCAUUCCUUGAUACGACUAGCAUCAACAAGCUGUGCUCCAUCAUCGAAGGCUUCCACCAUCGUCCGGACAGGCUCCCCUUCCUGCGUUACUGCAGUUCCCAAGCCGACCGCAACCUCACCGCGUUGAAAACCAGAGUCAGCGUCCUGUCCAAACUUGUUACUGACCUCGAGAACCAGGCAAACCUACAAGCAGCUCGUGUUCUGACUCAGCCGUACGAAAAGGAGCUACUGGCUGCUAUUGCAGCUAAGCCUCUCUAUGUCCGAAGACGCGAGAAGAAGGCGCUGAAGAAAGUCGGCGCUUCUAAGAAGUCGAAGCCGGUGCGAGCAAAUGCUUCGUACUAGAAGCGAGCCGAGUGUUACUCGUGAGUGCGGAUUAGCACUGAACGGAGGCAACGAAGUUGUCACGUUAGUGGCCGCUGGCUGGGCGUUUGGCGUUCUGAUUGAGGAAUGAGGCUUGCGUGAGUAAAGUUGGUAGAGGUCAAUGGCUCGUUUCAAGCUCCUAUAAGUGUCUGCAUCGCAAAAGUAUUGAACCGCUACUCGCUUGUAGCAUGCUUAGAC